UUCCCCCUUCGCGUUUCUGAAACCGACGGACGUAAUUUGUCCCUCGCGGCGGCCCGUCUCCGCAACAGCUGUUUGUACCAUCAUGGCGGCGGUGUUGCUGCUCCAGGAGCUCUCAAUGACAACGUCUUUGGGGAGACACCUUUUGCGGGUGGGAGGAGAUGGAGCGAGGGCAGCUGCCGCCGGCCGUGGAGCCAGGUCACUGAACACUUCCACAUGGCAGCUGGCACAAGACCAAGACCAAGACACGCAACUCAUCACAAUUGAUGAAAAAUUGGACAUUACACCUUUAACUGGAGUACCAGAAGAGCAUAUUAAAACCAGAAAAGCUUACAUUUUUGUUCCAGCCCGCAAUGCCAUGCAAGCCGGUGUUAACAACACAAAAAAAUGGAAAAUGGAAUUUGACACAAGGGAGCGUUGGGAAAAUCCUCUAAUGGGCUGGGCAUCUACAGCGGAUCCCAUGUCCAAUAUGGUUUUGUCCUUUUCUACCAAAGAAGCAGCCAUUGCCUUUGCUGAAAAAAAUGGCUGGAGCUAUGAUGUUCAAGAGCGGAGGAUUCCAAAACCUAAAUCCAAGUCUUAUGGUGCAAACUUUUCUUGGAACAAAAGAACAAGGGUAUCCACAAAAUAGGUUGGCAUUGGCUGUCUCUGCGUCUGACUGUGAAUAAAGUCAGCUGUGCUGUAUUUAUAGUCUAUGUAUAAUACAUCUCUUAAUCUCCUAAUAAAUUUGACCUUUAAACUA